AUGGAUGAGCAGAGCGAGCUGCGCCUCGAGCUGAAGCGCGACUUCACCGAGUUCCUCGAUCAGGAUUUUGGCAGGGAAACUGGGCAGGGGCGCUAUGUGCAAAAGGUGGACGACCUCCUCAAACAGUACCCGCAGACCAAGCGCGUGCGGCUGCCGGUGGACCUGCAGGACCUUUCCGACUACAAUGCCGAGCUGCACCGCCGGGUGCUGGACGCCCCUGCCACCUGCAUGCCGCCGUUUGAGGAGGCCCUCGAGGACUUCAUCCGCAACCGCUCGCCCAAGCUGCUGGAGGAGGCGCAGCGCGUGCACGUGUCCUUCUGCGGAGAGUUUGGCCGCAACACCACCAACCCUCGCGACCUGGGCUCCGGGUUCCUGUCCAAGCUGGUCAACCUGCAGGGCAUCGUGACCAAGUCCAGCCUGGUGCGCCCCAAGCUGGUGAAGAGCGUGCACCACUGCCCCGCCACCGGCCAGUUCCAGAGCCGAGAGUACCGGGAUGUUACCUCCAACACAGGCGCCCCCACCUCCACAGCCUACCCCACCAAGGAUGAGAACGGCAACCUGUUGACCACACAGUUUGGCAUGUCCACCUACGUCAACAACCAGACCGUCACCCUGCAGGAGCUGCCGGAGACGGCGCCCCCCGGCCAGCUGCCGCGCUCCGUGGAGGUGGUACUGGAGGACGACUUGUGCGACGCCUGCAAGCCGGGGGACCGCGUGUCCAUCGCCGGCAUCUACAAGCCCGUGCCGCCGCGCGCCAACGGCUCCGUCAGCGGCGUCUUCCGUGCCGUGGUGGUGGCCAACGGCGUGCGCAAGCUGUCGCGCGAUGCCCAGGGCCCCUCCUUCACUGAGGAAGACUACGACAACAUCACGGAGCUGGCUGGGGAGGAGGAUGUGAUGGCGCAGCUGGGCGCCAGCCUGGCGCCCUCCAUCCACGGCCACGACAUCAUCAAGCGGGCGCUGGUGCUGCUGCUGGCGGGCGGGCGCGAGCGCACGCUGGCCAAUGGCACCCACCUUCGCGGAGACAUCAACUGCCUCAUGGUGGGCGACCCCGGCGUGGCCAAGUCCCAGCUGCUGCGCGCCGUCAUGAACAUCGCCCCGCUCAGCGUCUCCACCACAGGGCGCGGCUCCUCGGGCGUCGGCCUCACCGCCGCCGUCACCACCGACGCAGAGACGGGCGAGCGGCGGCUGGAGGCCGGCGCCAUGGUGCUGGCUGACCGCGGCGUGGUGUGCAUUGACGAGUUCGACAAGAUGAACGAUGCAGACAGGGUGGCGAUCCAUGAGGUUAUGGAGCAGCAGACGGUGACGAUCGCCAAGGCGGGGAUCAUGUGCUCACUGAAUGCCCGCUGCUCCGUGGUGGCGGCGGCCAACCCCAUCUACGGCUCCUACGACCGCACCAUCUCCAUCACCCGCAACAUCGGCCUGCCCGACUCCCUCCUCUCCCGCUUCGACCUGCUGUUUGUGGUGCUGGACAACAAUGAUGCGGCGAGGGACAGGGAGAUUGCGGAGCAUGUGCUGGGGCAGCACCGCUACCGCGCCCCCGGGGACGACGGCAAGAACGCCGGCGACGAUCGCUACAUCGAGAACCUGGAGGAGGAUGAGGAGCGGGAGCGGGGCAUCACCCCCAUGUAUGUCAAGUACGAUGCCCGCCUGUACGGCACACGCAAGCCCGGCCAGAAGGAGCCUCUGUCGCUGCCCUUCCUCAAAAAGUACAUCGCCUUUGCCAAGCAGCGCUUUGCGGCGCCGGAGCUGUCGCCUGAAGCCAGCGACGCCAUCUCGGAGUACUACGCCGACCUGCGCAACAGCCAGGAGGUCAAGUCGCUGCCGGUGACGGUGCGCACCCUGGAGACGGUCAUCCGCCUGUCGUGCGCACACGCCAAGGUGGGGGCCCUGCGCAGGAGCAGGAAGGAACCAGGAAGAAGCAGGGGCAGGAAGGAACAAGGAAGAGUGGCUCGCUGCAUGGCGAAGUGCAUGGUGUGGUGCAAGGCUCUGCCUGCCGUCCGGACCCGGGCCGGCCAGCCGCCGUCGGCGCCAACCGAACCGGCUGCGUGUGCUUGCGUGUGCGUGGGCGCAGGUGCGGCUGAGCGCGGUGGUGGAGAAGAGCGAUGUGGAGGAGGUGCAGGUGCUUGUGGACACCAUCCUUAA